GCUGCAUCUAGUCGAUAGAACAAAAAUGCCGAAGAAGAAGACUGGGCAGAGGAAGAAGGCCGAGAAGCAGAAGCUCCGGCAGAAGGAGAUCAGAGCUGCCAAGGAACAGAUUGACUUAGCCAAGUUUCCUUGCAACUCCGUGAUGGAAUGCGACAAAUGUUGUAAGAAGCAAAAGAGUCGUGCCUUCUGUUACUUCUGCCAGAGUGUGCAGCGUUUGCCCAUAUGCGCGCACUGUGGCAAGAUCAAGUGCAUGCUGAAGACAGGUGACUGCGUGGUACGUCAUCCCGGCGUCUUCACCACGGGAUUAGGAAUGGUGGGAGCCAUAUGCGAUCACUGCGAAGCAUGGGUAUGCCACGGAAGACGUUGCCUCACCACUCAUGCUUGUAUCUGUCCACUGACAGAUGCUGUUUGUCAGGAAUGCGAGAGAGGUGUUUGGGAUCAUGGUGGAAGGAUAUUUAAAUGCUCAUUUUGUGCUUGCUUCUUAUGCGAAGAUGAUCAAUUUGAGCAUCAAGCGUCGUGCCAAGUAUUGGAGGCAGAAAGUUUUAAAUGUCAAUCAUGUAAUCGUUUGGGACAGUAUUCUUGUCUUAGGUGUAAGACAUGCUAUUGUGAGGAUCAUGUUCGUAGAAAAGGUUUUAAAUACGAGAAGAAUAAGGCUAUUCCUUGUCCAAAAUGCAGCUAUGAGACAUCACAAACAAAGGAUCUAAGCAUGUCUACGAGAAGUCACAAGUUUGGUAGACAGAACCAAGGUGGUCCAUCCGAAUCUGACGAUGAAAACAGUUAUGAAAAUCAAGAGUCUUGUUAUGGAACUACUAGUUAUGCUAAUGAUAAUGAAGAUGAAGAUGAUGACUACGACGAUGAUGAUGAGGAUGACGAUAUAGAUGAUGAUGACGACGAUGAUGAUGAUGAUGAAUCGUCAAGUACAGAUGAAGAAAAGAAAGAGACUAAAAUACAAGAAACUCCAGAUAAUAAAAAUAAAGCUUAACACUUAUUCAAAGAUAUGCAAAGCAAGAAUUAAAAAUAAAAUAUCGAUUAUUAAAAUGUUGAAUUACGCACAAGGAAGAAAUUUGAGAAUUCUUAAAGAUUAAUUUAAAUAAUUUUGUAAAAUACAGAUCAAAUUUAUAAUCCUUAAGUAUUCAUAUAUCUAAUGUGUAUAAUAUUUAAAUUUGAUAUCCUAUUUAAAACAAAUGUAUACGAGGAAUACAGCAAAUUUAAUACCGAGCAAAAUAUAUAGAUAUACUGUUAAAUAUAAUAAAGAAAUCAUGAAGAAAUAAA